GUACAAUUUCAAAGCAUAAACAAGAAAGGGAAGAAAGUCGUCUUUUUAAUACUUUCAUUUCGUGUACUAUGAAAACCGAAGAAUAUUAGAAAUUAACGUGAAAUGCAACUAUUUUAUUUUGUUUUCUAAAAAAUUAACCUUGGCGACAAAUUUCGUUUGGUAUGAGCCAGUUCACUUAAUGAACCGAACGACCCAAGAUAUGCCGAAGUGUACAUGCAAAUGAAUGAAAAAAAGUUAGCUUGAAACACAAUGUCUUCCGAAGAGGUUGAGCUACUGUCUGAUAGCAAAUAUCGUCAUUAUAUCGCAGCUGUGGAGAAAGCUUUGAAGAGUUUUGACUCAACGAGCGAAUGGGCUGAUUUAAUCUCCGCGCUUGGCAAGCUAAAUAAGGCAUUAAAUGGUCCCUCAAAGUUCACCAUAAUUCCUCGAAAGUUGAUGAUUGGCAAACGUCUAUCGCAGUGCAUGCAUCCUGCCUUACCAAGUGGCGUUCAUCUUAAAGCUCUUGAAACCUACAACCUUAUUUUUGAGCGUAUUGGCAAGAAAAAUCUUGCUGAGGAUCUGUUUAUCUACACAGUUGGCUUGUUUCCACUCAUGGGUCACUCAGCUAUGUCAGUUAAACCAGUUUUAAUGAAGCUUUAUGAACAACACUUCCUUCCACUGGGAUGUUCACUUAUGCCCAGUCUACCAGGAUUGGUGCUUGGGUUGCUUCCAGGGAUUGAAGAAGGAUCGGAUUAUACUGAAAGGACAGUAUCUCUUCUUGAAUCAUUCUGUAUGGCCACAAAUAAGGAUGUUUUCUUUGAUGCACUCUGGCAAUCUGUUAUAACUACUCCUUCAGUACGACUUCCUGCUACAAUGUUCCUUCUUUCCCAGCUGGACAAGAAGUUACCUCCUUGUGAACAACAACAUUUACUUGGAAGCAAUAUUUUUUUCAUGGCUUGUCUAGCCCUUAAUGAUAGUCUGGCACUAGUACAACGGAAUGUUCUUGAUUUCCUGAUUUUGUUGUUACCCCUUCAUGUCCCCAACCUUCCUACCACAUAUAUGUCAACCAUCAUGACUGCAGCCUUGGGAGUAUUACUCAGAAGAGAUAUGUCAUUGAAUCGCAGACUGUAUGCUUGGAUUUUGGGCGGCAAUGGUGUCUGGCAAUCCCUGGUUUCCAGCAAUGGUAUUCAAUAUUUUGAUAUGUUUGGCAAGGCGCUUAUGGUUGAUGCCAUGAAAGCUUUGUUUAGACGUCAGAAUACUGCAGGGGUCGAGGCGGUGCUGAAAAGGAAGAUUGGUAAAAAAGAACUUUUGAAACCAUUCAGAAUCCUGUUAAACUUGUUAGAUAAACCAGAAAUCGGUUCUGCCAUUCUCGAGGAUGUUCUUAUUGAAGUGUUCAAAAAUCUUUACUUUGCUCAUCAUUAUUUCAUUGAGAAAGAGGUGGACAAUGAGGGUCACGGUGGGAGAAGAAAGGAUUCAGAAUCAGAAAAUUUAAUGGAUGAUCUUAUCAAGACCAGUAAUCUAUUGUUCAACACUUUUGAACCAUAUUUCAUGUGGCAUUAUAUUGCCAAACUUUUUCAAACAUGCACUAGAGAAACAGAUGUAGUUUUUGAUGGAAAACUGGUACAUAAAACCACUGAAGAAGAAAUUAAACCUGUUUCUACAGAAUCUGAUAUCGUGGGAGAUGGUAAAAUGGAUAAAACCUCUGAUGGAGAAAAAUAUCCCACAGAAAUUGACGACGAAAGAUUGCAGCUUGUUGACUUAAUUAGACUGACGGAUUACAUUUUGAAUAUUGUUGCUUUGGAAUCACUUAGAGACAGAAUCUCAGCAUUGGCGCAGCUUCUUUCUCAGAUAAUUUUAGAGCUUACCAAAGGUUGUGAGAAAUUUACUUUAAAUCAGCUUGAAGAAGGUAUUUUGCUUUGCUCUAAGCUCCUCUCCAAACUAACACCUUCUACAAACAUUAGUGAGCAUAUCCUAUGUGGAGAUAUUCCCACUCCAAGUUUAAGUCCAACUGUGGAGAACUUCAGUCCCGAAGAAUCCAUAGAAUAUGAUUCGAAAACAUUUGACGACACAAUAGAAAAUGAUCUUUCUCAAGGCAGACUGGAUUCACUUCGCAAACUUUCCGAGAAGUCACGUGACAACUUUGAAGAGUCACUUGACAUUAAUGACUCGCUUAAGUUAGAACCAAGUGAUGCAAUUGUUGAAGUUAAUACAACUUUAUCACGCGAGCAAGAUCGAGUACUACCCAAUGAGCAGUUACAUGAUUCGCGGGAGUCACGUGAGUCAGAAGACGAAGGACACGAAUUGUUUAUAAAUGAAAGUGGAAGCAAAACUAAUAAUGAAAAGGGGGAAGCUUCGGGUAACGGUCACACGUCUGAGAGUGGAGGAAUUGAGAAAAGGAAAGAAGGACGAAAUGCUGUGGAAGGUGAACGGAAUAAGAAAAAUUCAAAAGAAAACAAACGAUCAAAGGAUGUGGAAAGUAGCGAUGAUAAGAAACUUAAUUUAACACCAGGGAUGUUGCUUAAAGAUGUGAAAGAAAAGGAAGAAAGCAUCGCUGAUGGAAACAAUCAAUCAAUUUUAAUCAAACAAUGUAUCGAGCAUUACGAAAAAUUUAUCGUGGAAUUCUUUAAAUCGAAGAUUUUUCAUGACUCUCAACUGAUGGAAAAAUUACUUACUGAUAAUGAUGGCAUUGCGUCAUAUCAUACAAAAACAUACCACGGGGUUGUGUCAUUUUUAUUGUUCCAGUACUGGAGAACGGGGGGGAGGGUAAGUGACAUCUUUAUUGCUCUAGUACUGGAGAACGUGGUGGGGGAUAAAGAUCAUCCUCCAAUAUGGUUGCGAUGUUUACUUGCUUGUUGUCAUCAGAUUGCAGACUUUGACAUCCAAAGUACUUCCAUCUCUACCGUUCUUGACCUCAUCAAUCUUACGUUAUCUGUAAACCCAGCUGGUCUUGCCUCAACUGGAGUGAUAGUUAUCCCCAUUCUUACUAUUGAAGACGUUGUUUUGAUUGAAAAGUCUGAUAUGUACAAGGUGAUUGCUAGCAGUUUAUGGUCAACAUUGGGUCGUCCUCUUCCCAUCCAUCAUAGGAAAGCUGUGGAACUAUUGAUACAACUUCAUAACUUGACCCCAAGCCCUCGUCUAUGUGAAAACGUCAUCGGAUCAUCUAUGGUUGCUUCUCAAAAGGAAAGUCGCCUUGAGGCACUGAAGAGGUUUGCUAACCUCUGGCAUAUAGCAAAGAGUAUUUUAUCUCAAACAGUACAAGGAAGAACUGCACGAGGAUUGAGAACAUUUGACAGGUCUCUGUUUGUAAUGUUAGAUGGGUUUGAAUCUGAAGAACCUGAAAUAAGAUCUCUUACUAAGAUGUGGGUUAGCCAUUCACUUGAACAAGGGGACAUUGGUCGAAUACUGGAACCUCUUCUUUUGCUGCUCCUUCAUCCAUCCACUGCCCGUGUCUCAGAUUUCCAUUGUGAACGAGAGAAGAAAAAAAGACAACAGAUGAAAGAUAAUCAGAGGGAGCAUGAGGACAAAGAGGUGCAAGAUAGAACAAAGGAUAUAAAUAAGGAACACCACGCAACUUUUGAGGAUAAUGAUCCGGACAAGAGGCAUACUGAAAAAAAUGGAGAGGAAUCCUCAACAUCCUCACAAAUCCUCUAUUCAACAUCAAACAUGUACAAACUCCAUUACAGUGGUAAAUGUGAUUAUCAUCGUAUACUUUAUGCGUUUCGAACACUUUCCGGCAUCCUCCGUGUUGUUCCGAGGCAGUUCGUUUGUGCAUCAGCCGCCACUAGCAUCGGCAGCUCGUUUGGACCUUAUGAGGAACGUAUCAAAGAAUUAUUGAUUCGUCACAAACGAUCUUUACUUGGAAAUGGGUUUUACGGUCCACUUUUCUAUGAAGCAGGUGAAUCAUCGAUGUCGACAGGAAAGACGUCGAUAAGGCCAAAUAAAAGUAAAUAUUUGGAGAUUCUAAUCACUAUCGCAUUAUACUUCAUUCGAAGUCAUUAUCGAUCUUCAAACAUGACUGUUGAAUUACUUGAUGGUAAUGUUAAGAUUCAAGUAUCCAGUUUAGAAUGCCUGACAAACUUGAUUUGGGAACUUGUUAAACUGGUUAGGGAGGGCGGUCACGGUUUUGGUAACUUCAUCACGGACUUACUGUCUCGUUGUCGAGUUCAGAAGGCAAUCAUUCAUUGUUUGGCCGCUACUGUCGGCAAUAUAUCUCCGGAACCGAUGGUUUCCCGAGCAUCGCACGAUGGUUCCAGCACCUCAGAUCAAAUAAUACUGCAGUCGAAACUUUUAGAAGUCAUGGAAUCGUUGAUUGUUCUCGAGCAUGCGCUUCUUUCUACUGUCGAAGCCCUUACACCAGAUCACCAUGGCAACGCAGACUUUGAAAUAAUAAUGAAAGCGGGUGAAGAACCUAGUCCGAAUGUGGAGGGUUACACGUCAAAAUUUCGUCAGGGGAAAUCUCUCUCUUCUCAAGAAAUGCUGCUGAAUAUGAUAUUACAUUGUCUGAAGGCUCAAGAUGAUUUUGAAGUGAGAGGCCGUUGGACUGGCUUUAUAGUUGAGUGUCUUCCUUAUUUGGGCGCAGACCUCAAAAAAUGGGUUGUCCCUGUUGUGUUACAAAUGUGCACCAAUAUAAAUGACGUCACCAGAGUGUUUGAAGGUCAUGCAAGUGCGCAAAUGAACUGUUUAUCUUCGAUGAGAAAGCAAGAGUUGACCUUUCCACCAGAUUAUUUGUUAGCUUUACUUGCUGGUCUAACGUCCAUAUGUCAUUUCUGUUUGCUUGAUGCCGUUUCGUCACCAAUCUUCGUUGUACAACCUAGAGCAGGAACUUCAACGAACGUCCAUACAUUAGAUUCACCACAAAAGCCAGCCCGCUCCAUGCAAAUCUUUGCCAACCUUUUACAUGCAUUUUCAUCAAACAACAAGUCCAGUGAUCCAUCUACAUCCCACCAAUACCCCACACCACUUCUUGAGGCACGCGAAGGAUUAUUGACCAUAUUACCUCAAGUGAUCGCGACUUUGGUCUCAGUAUGGGGGGUGUGGGACCUAGAUCAAACCACAAAAUCUUUACCUUCCCGUAUGGCUCUCUUGGGAACAAGCAAGACCUUACGUCAAAAUAUUCUUCAAUUACUAACACCUAUCGCUAUGAAUCACACCAUUGUGUUUAUCGCAUCUCUCGCUGAUGUCUGGAGUAGUAAGAGUGUGACGUCGAAAGAUUGUGAAAUGAAAUCCAAAUUUUUCCUUGUUGUAUCUGAUGAUCAACUUCGUUUGGUCUCACUAAUGCUUGAUAUUAAGGUUUUGUCUUUGGAAGUUUUGAUUUCUUCGAUACAGCAAAUACUUCAUCAGGAUGCGACCAGUCGUGACAACGGUUUUGAAGCAAGUCUUUUGCAUUUUUUGCACGAGUAUCUCGUGCGAUGUACCAGCGAUCAUAUUACUCAAAUAAAAACCCUUUUUCUUGCCUUGAUCAAAGAUACUUUACAGAUGAACCUGCCCCCUCCUGCCGUGUUCUUGUUGGUCGUUAACUUUCACUCCUUCUCUCUCCGGAUACAGACAAAGGCAGAAAGAAAGUUUCGCAAAGAAACUCAGGAUGUUGCCCAACGUUUAAUUGAGUCUUGCACAUCGUUAGCUGGCCUUUCGCUUGGUUCAUCUGCGUGGUUCAGUCGAAAUCUCUCUGUAAUAAAAUUACCUCAAAACAAUGAUGUGGAUACCUCCGCGAACAAUGCCGAUGAUGUUACGGUGAAAAACGAUCCUCCCGUUGAGUCUACAAGAAAAGUUGAAAGCGGUAUCAACUCUAGCAAACACAGCACGCAGGCUUUGAUUGUUCUUGGUGAUCUGUUGGCGUCACUAUUGGAUACAUUGUUUGGUAGUGAAGAGAAGGAACGAGUUUACAAUUUUCUUGUUCAUGUCAUGUCCAAUGUUACUCCUUAUCUUAGAAAUCACAGCGUUGCCAAUGUUCCAAGUUUCCGUGCCUGCAGUACGCUGGUUGCUUCGCUCAGUGGCUAUCAAUACACAAGGAAGGCCUGGCGCAAGGAAAUGUUCGAAUUAUUCUUUGAUGCAAAUUUCUUCAAAAUUCCCUUGGAUUGCGUCGGAAAUUGGCGAAUCAUUAUUGACAAUCUCUUAACUCAGGACCAGGGCUCUUUUCGUGAGCUGAUGGCGCGAGCAACUGUAACAAGCACACCCACACUUAACUUAUUUGGAAAUCAAGAGACAGAAAUGCGACAACGUGCUUUGAUGCUGAGACGUCUGUCAUUUGGUGUAUUUAGCAGUGAAUCAAAUCAAUACCAGUCCUUUCUUCCUGAGAUGCAAGAGCGGCUGGCAGAGUGCCUGCGUAUGCCCCAGGUCCCUGUCCUUCAUGAGCAAGUCUUCCUUUUCUUCCGCGUGCUUCUUAUACGCAUGUCAGACAACAUGACGUCAAUCUGGCCAAUGAUUAUCUCUGAAAUGAUACAUGUGUUCAUGUUGAUGGAAAGCGAUCUAUUACAGGCAGAUAGGCCUGCACGUGAUCAACAAAUGUUCUAUUCUGAGGCAGUCCUUGGUUCCAGUACUUACGUGAACUAUAGUCGCAAGAAAUGGCUUGGUCUUUACCUUGCUGUUUGUAAGGUAUUGGAUAUGGCAUUAUGCCUUCCUCCUGAACAGUUACCUCAAUUUCAAUUGUAUCGUUGGGCAUUUGAAAGUCCAAACUCUGGGGAGAGUAAUGAGAAGGAAUCAAUAAAAGAGACUGGGAAGGUAGUCAAGCCAGAACAAGGGACAGAGAUACCUUUAAAUGAACAUCACAAUAAGACCAUGGAGAAUGGAAAGGUGGUAAGCAAGGAUUACAAAAUAGAAAAAGUUUCAAGAAAAGUUGAAAAAUCUGAAUCCGGAAAAGAUUUGUUAGCCAGUGAUAAGACCAUUGUGAAAGUUUUUAGACCAUAUGUCAACAGGAUAACAAAAUUGUUGCAAAAAUGUGAGACUGUUUAUGAGAGUGAAAAGGUCGGACAUGCUGGUGAACCUUUGUUAACUAUGCAUCAUCUAGAAUCUGUUCAAGAGUUGCUUCCUUUUUUGCAAAUGCUUUCAAAUGAAGGACGCAUUUUAUUUGAUCUUCAAACUAACAUCCAACAAAAACAGAGAAGAUUGAGGAUGGAAAAUGGUAAUAACAAUUAUUUUGAGAGAUUGAUUGAAAGAGACUUUCUUGAUGCUCUGAAUGAAUGAGAACAUUGACAGUAUUCUGUAUCAUUAAACAAUUCAUCCUAAGCUUACUAUUGUACAAGCUGAAUUAUUUCCCUUUGACAUUUAGUCAUCAAUUUCACCAAGUAUUUAAAUGUUGUAUUUUGUUUAAAUGUGAAUUGAGCAAUAACAACCAAAAUGUACUGUUUAUAUUUUAAAAAGCAUCAAGUGUUGUACAAAAUUUUGUAAACAACUUUUAGCUUCAGAUUGAGGAAAUUGUUCAAGACCAUCUAAAGCUGCAGCCCCACAGUCAUGUGCAUGUUUGAGAACACCUUUUAUGUCCAUAUUGUCUCUAUGUAUGCUGCUGUCUAUGGUUAUUAUGGUGUUUAAAGGAUUCUCUUGAACAUUUGAUGGUAAUAAGUGUUUGUUUUGCACAAUAAAUAUGUUCUGAAGUGAAA